AUGAAGCACCAUGAGGUCAUAUCCUCAAAAUACCAGCACCUCUCCUCGUACUACUCAUGGCGGCCGCACCUCUCAAGUCUGCCUUCGAUAGUUGAUGCGCCGCUCAAGACUCCUUCAAAUACAACGCUUCAGAUUGAAAACGGCGCAAUUGGCCAUGUACCGCCAAAGCUCAAGAAGACAUCGCCGAAUUUCCACCUUCUCACUCCAUCCGAUCAGGAUACGCAUGGGUUCUGCAAGACCAUCUUGUCUGCCAUGUUGCUCAACUAUCCGCCACCGACUGUACCCCUGCUAUACACACGGCAUGAAACAGAUGUAGAAAGAGAAGGAAAUACAUUGAAAAGCACGCUACAUUAUCUAAAUAAUAAGAAACUGGUCAAGGACGAGGAUCUAGUACUCAUCGUCGACGGCCAAGAAUCGUGGUUCCAGCUGCCGAGCGACGUGAUCGUUAUGCAGUACAAGAACUUGCUUGCAGAUGCCAACCUGCGGCUGAGGAGCAAGUACGGCGUUGACAAGCAUGGCUACCAGAAGUUCAACCAGACGAUUAUCUUUGGCGCACAGAAGAUGUGUGAGAACAACGACAAGGCCUGCGCAUACGUACCGCCCUCAAUCUUGUCAAACAAGACAUAUUCAACAGAAACCUCUUACCGCGUAUCAGAUAUACCCGCCAAGUUCAUCAGUUCGAAGAUGGUUAUGGGCCCGGCGGCCGAUAUGAGGGCGCUAUACCAGGCGGCAAUGAAGAAGUUCACCGAGGGCAAAAGUCAGUCGCAAACCGUCCAGUCGGUAUUUGCAGCCUUGUUCGCCGAGCAGCAACUCAAAAGGGAUGAGGUCGAAGUAGCGAGGAAGAGUGCGGGUGCGAAAUUCAAGGACUUUGUAAUAGGCACGACGAGUGAAGGAGCGGAGCAGAGACUACUGCGCGCAGCAGACCUUGAGCUUUCAAAUUUGAUACGACACGAAUUCUCAAUGGGCUUGGACUACACGCACACACUCUUUCAGCCCACGAGCUAUUGCACGGAGGAUGAACUUGUCUCCCUUGCCCACGACAACGCGACUGACAUAUCCCGAUAUAGCCACGCUCCAAAGACUUCGCAGCUGUCUCUCCCGCCGGCUCUAAAUCAGACGAAAUCUCCGUUUUGGCGUCCGGACUUUGUCAAUCACAGCCCAUCACCCAACGAGAGGACAUCCUACAUCGACAAGUUAGAAUACAAAAUAGAACUUGACAGCAUCCCCGAUCGCGAAGUUACCUGGGCCGAGAUUCCCCUGAUCCAAAACACGUAUACCGGCGCCAUCCCCGCGGUUUUCCUAAACGACCAUCAUCACUCUCCUUUCGAACAAGCCCCAGCUGCAAACAUCACCUGGAACGAUCUCUGGUACUCUAACUACAGACGCGCUAUGCUGCGAAACCACUUCCGCACACGCCAGUCACCUGACGGCUACCACAACUCGCUCGUCGGCGGCGAUCGCUCCUGGGACACGCGCGGUGGCCGAGGCGGCGUAUGGACCGAAGUCGGCCAAAUCUGGUUUCCAUGGGGCGGACUCGAUGGCGUGUGUGGCAGCGUGGCGCAGCUCAACGAAGUGUUCCAGGACAGGAAAGGCGUGUGGUUACAAGAGUUUGAGGAGGGUGCGGAGGCGAACCGCCUAAAUGAAGAGAGGCUGUACAAGGCGGCCGAGGACCGGUCAGCACAGAGGGAGAAGAUUAGGGAGCAGGAAGCGAUAAUGGAGCACCAGAAGAAGGAGCGGGAGAAGAAGAUUGAAGCGGGAAAAGCUUUGCAAGCUGAGCCGCUGAAGGAGAAGGAAAAGAUUGAUUUUGAAAAGUUAAAGGAGAAAGAGCAGAAGCAGGAGGAGCAGGAGAAGGAACAGGAACAGGAAGAGGAACAGGAACAGGAAGAGGAACAGGAACAGGAACAGGAACAGGAGUUGAAACAGGAGAAGGAGGAGAAGGUAGAAGAGAAUGUCGAGGAGAAGAUUGACUUUGAGAAGUUAAAGAAGCUCGAUGCUGAGAUGGCAGCAAAGGGUGAGGACAUGAAAUAA